GCCUCCAGGCGAAGGCCUUUGUUUAUCCAUUGAGAGUCUUCAUCUUUCCCUGCGUCGACCUCGCGGCAGGCAAGAUCAGCCUUUUUGCGUCUUUGGAAGUUAAUUUGUCCCGCAUACUGAUACACCGUCCCCGGGACAAGAAGGUUGUCAUCGAUAAAGGUCGAAACUAGUUUGCCUGAGAAUUCUGCUCUUGGAUGUCAGACGAUAUGUUCGAUUCAUUUAUUCACCUAGAAGAAACUCAUCGUAAGGAAGGCUACGACGAGGGCUACAAAGACGGUCUAAUCGCUGGCAAAGACGAGGCAAAGCAAGUGGGUCUCAAAGUCGGUUUUGAGGUUGGCGAAGAGCUUGGCUUCUACAGGGGCUGUGUUGACGUUUGGAGCUCCGCUGUUCGGGUCGACCCCAACUGCUUCUCUUCGCGGGUUAAAAUUGCCAUCAAGCAGAUGAAUGAGUUGAUUGAGAAGUAUCCGGUCUUGGACCCUGAAAAUCUACAAGUACAAGAAAUCAUGGACAGUUUGAGGCUCAAGUUUAAGAUGGUUUGUUCUUCACUGCACGUGAAGCUAGACUAUGAUGGCUAUCCAAAAUCUUCUUCAGACGCUAAGGAUAUUGAGUUUUGAAGAAGGUUCUAUGAUGUUUGAGAAGGAGAAGAAAUAUAUUUCAUUAGUUGUAGGAUUUUUGCCCGAUAUGGGAAUUUUAUUUUUGCUAAGGUUGGUAUUAUGUGGCCUUUGAGUCUCAUUCGGGCUGUGGUUGCAUGGUUCAACCCACCCUCAGCUCUUUUAAUGAUCUUAGUAUUAUGGAAAUUGAUGUACCGUGGCCCUUUCUCGUUUUUCUUCUUUUAUUCUCGUUCUCUCUUUUUCCCUGGGCCCUUCGUCCUCUUGAUGUACGAUUGCGUUAGUUUAAUGAUAUUUCCCCUUUUAACUGGGAGUUUUUUU